GGAUUAUUAACCUAAUGUCUGAUGUUUACUGUUUAUUUUUCCGAGUUUUCCCCAAAAUCUCUAAAUAUUAACUUGAAUUUAUUCGUUUCAUUCUUAUUUUAAUGAAUGUUUUUCUUUUAAGAAGUGAAAAUGAGUGAUCCGGAUAAAAAUCAACUGGCAGCAGUUUUACAGGUUUUAAAGAAAUAUAAUUUAAAGGGUACUGAGGAACUAUUAAAAAAAGAAGCUAAUCUUAGCGAUGAUGUUGAACAAGAUUCAGACGUUAGUAACGUUCUGACCGGAUAUAAAAGUGACGGAGACCCGGAAGCUUACGAAACAUCGUAUUUAGAACUAAAGCGUUUUGUUGAAAACUCUCUAGAUAUUUACAAGCAUGAACUGGGCAUGAUUUUAUACCCUGUUUUAGUCCAUAUGUAUUUAGAAUUAGUCUACAACGGCCAUACGGAUAAAGCUAUUUCAUUAAUGAUGAAGUUUGGACCUGAACAAGAUGUAUACUAUCAGGAUGAUCUUAGAAGACUGGCUAUGGUUACUAAACGUGAUCAUAUGAAUGGCAACGAACUGACUGAUACUUUUAAAUCGAACCAGUUUAUACUGAGAAUGUCCAGGGAUACAUAUUCAUUAUUAAAGAGACAUCUGCAUGAUAAAAAAGCCUCAGUACUUCUGAAUAUUGUGCAGGAGCACUUGUAUUUUGAUAUGUACGAAGGUGUUGCUAGAAAUAAGUCUCAAAUUGAUGCUACUUCUGGAGCUGUAGGUGGAGAAGCAAGAAGACAAGAUAAUAAAACAAAAGUGUAUUAUGGUAUACCUAAAGCACCAGAUAUACAAAUAUUAACAGCACCUGUUGAAGACGAAGAGGAGACAAAUGAUCAGGAUAAUCCAGAUAAGCCAAAAAAGAAGAAAUCAAAGAAGGAUCCCCUGUUAUCAAAAAAGACCAAGUCUGAUCCUAACGCCCCUCCGGCUGAUAGAAUUCCUGUACCAGAUUUAAAGGACAAUGAUAAAGUUGAGAAGCUGAAAGCCUUAAGAGAAGCAUCCAAGAGGAUAAAUUUAGGACCAGAUUGUCUUCCAUCUUGUUGUUGCUAUACAUUGCUUAACUCAAAUUACACGGUUUGUUGUGCGGAAAUUACCGAGGAUUCGAGCAUGUUGGCUGUGGGAUUCAACGAUUCUGUGAUUAAAGUAUUCACCCUCGUUCCUCAGAAGUUGAAGGCCAUGAAAACAGCAGAACAGUUAUUAGACGUCAAUUUUGAAGCAGAUGACGUUUUGGUAAGAAUGAUGGACGAAAGAUCAGGCGAAACAGCAAGGAGCCUGUGCGGACACGGAGGCCCCGUAUACUCCGUGUCUUUUUCACCCGAUCGAACGCUUUUAUUAAGCUGUUCGGAGGACGCGACCAUUCGAUUAUGGAGCCUCCAGAUAUGGGCGUGUUUGGUCGUUUACAAGGGCCACAUGUUCCCGGUUUGGGACGUGAAAUUUUCGCCUUUAGGCUAUUACUUUGCGUCGUGUUCGUACGACAGGACUGCACGUCUAUGGGUUACGGACCAUUAUCAGCCGGUGAAAAUAUUUGCCGGACAUUUUUCCGAUGUUGACUGCAUCCAAUUCCAUCCAAACUCCAACUACAUAGCCACGGGCUCGAGCGACAGACGCGUGUGCCUGUGGGACGUGACAACCGGCAACCACGUCCGUCUGAUGACCGGCCACAAGCAGCCCAUUCACGCGCUAGCCUUCAGCGUGUGCGGCCGCUAUGUGGCGUCCGCCGGGACCGACUGUCGGGUGCUCAUCUGGGACCUGUCCCACGGUCACCUCAUCGCUGAGUUCAGCGGCCACGAGAAAACCAUCCAUUGCUUGGCUUUCAGCCGCUGCGGCAAUAUUCUCGUAUCUGGAGGGUUGGACUGUUCGGUGAAGCUGUGGAAUUUCAACAAGUUUACGGAGGACACGAACUCGGACGAUGUGAAUAUAUCGCACAAUCCGGAGGUGAAAAUUGGGGAGGAUUAUUUGUUGAGGACUUUUCAGACGAAGAAUUCGCCGUUGAUUAACUUGCAUUUUACGAGGAGGAAUUUGAUGAUAGCUGUUGCUGUGUUUGAUGCGGUGAAUACUUGAACGGGUUUGAAAUGCAUGUUUUUUAUUUAAUUUACGGUAAAAGUUAAAUGAGACACUAAAAUUUUGAUUGUAAUUGUAAUGUGUCUAGAUUAGGUUCCUGGUGUCCUAAAUUCGACCAUUGGGAUCUGUGUAGAUAUAUGAUAUGAAGGAUAUCUUGGAGAUGCACAUUUUAAUUAUUACACUUCAGUAGAGUCUAAACUUUAUUUGUAAAUUUAAUACUGUGUAAGUUUCUUUUAAUAAAACAAUUAUA